AUGCGAGAUGAUUAUGAAUAUGCAUUGGAAGGUAUUGCAGUUGAUUAUGUUACUAAUCGACCAAAAAGUGAAAGCAUUUCUCGAAUACAUAAGAAUAGACAUUCACAAAAUGCUUUUGCUUCAUCAUUAUCACCACCAUCAUUAUCAUCAUUAUCAACAAAGAAUGCCAUUGUUUAUCGUCAUAAAUCAACAAUGCAUGGAUAG